CCAACCGACUGCCAUCCUGCUGGAGUGGGGAACUGGACCAACUGGAUCAGCUCCACUUGUGAGGUGUGGGUUUGGGGUUAUCCUCAGUGCUUGCAGAACAUCUUUUUGGCAGUGCUGCUUUACAAACAAGGAGCCAGCCCCCGGCAGAAGUUGGGUCUCAGCACCGAGCUUUGCUUGCCCAGCAGUGGGAGAGAAGCCCUCGGCACCCCCCAGCUCACCCGCCAGCCUCUCUGCUGACAGAGGAUAAGGGGGAGAAGGUGGAUAAGGGCAGGAAGCUUCUCUGAGAUCCAAAGGAAGAGCAGCAGGAGGAUUUUAUUAACCUGCCUCUUAAGGCAGUGAAGUCUCCAUCCCCUCCCAACCCCAUCCAGGACAGGGGUGGUGAGACCUAUUCCUGCAUCUGGAGCUUUCCAACAAGCUCCAUGAAUCCCUACAUCAACUGCUCCAGCCCCAGGUUCCCCCUGCCCCAGGAAGACUUUCCCGUGGAGCCCAUCAGCCCUGAUUUCUGCAACAGGACUCACUCAGAGACCUUGUUUGACCUCAAGGAUGCCAACCUGACAGAGGAACAGCUGCGGGAUAAGUACCUGGGACCUCGACGGUCCAGCUUCUUUGUCCCUGUCUGUGUCAUCUACCUGUUGAUCUUUGUGGUGGGAGCCGUGGGCAACACGCUCACAUGCAUCGUCAUCCUCCGGCACCGGUUCAUGAGGACACCCACCAACUACUACCUGUUCAGCCUGGCCGUGUCCGACCUGCUGGUGCUGCUGCUGGGGAUGCCGCUGGAGCUGUACGACAUGUGGAGCAACUACCCCUUCCUGCUGGGCGCCAGCGGCUGCUAUUUCAAGACGUUGCUCUUUGAGGCCGUCUGCUUCGCCUCCAUCCUCAACGUCACGGCGCUGAGCGUGGAGCGCUACAUUGCCGUGGUGCACCCACUCAAGGCCAAGUACGUAGUGACCAGGAACCAUGCCAAGAGGGUCAUCGUCACCAUCUGGAUCUUGUCGGUUAUCUGCUCCAUCCCCAACACCAGCCUCCAUGGGCUGCAGCCUCUCUACGUGCCUGGCCGGGGGAGGGUGCCCAAUUCGGAGAUCUGCACCCUGGUGAAGCCACGCUUGACCUACAACCUCGUCAUCCAGAUUACCACCAUCAUCUUCUUCUUCCUGCCCAUGGGGACCAUCAGCGUCCUCUACUUGCUUAUUGGCCUGCAGCUCAAGAAAGAAAAGAUGCUGGAGGCCUUGGGAGCCAAGUCUGGCAGCGGCCACGACUGUCGCAACUCUCGCGGGCAGAAGAAAGUCAAGAGGAGGCAGGUCACGAAGAUGCUGUUUGUGCUAGUGGUGGUGUUCGGGAUCUGCUGGGCCCCCUUCCACACCGACCGCCUUGUCUGGAGCUUCGUCUCCACCUGGACCAGCCACAUGCUCCACAUGUUCCAGUACAUCCACAUCAUCUCGGGCGUCUUCUUCUACCUGAGCUCGGCGGUCAACCCCAUCCUGUACAACCUGAUGUCCACCCGCUUCCGGGAGAUGUUCAAGGAGGUGAUGUGCCACCGUGGCCACCACCUGCCACGGUCACGGAAAUACUCACCCAGCAUCACCCACACCACCACCCGCAGCACCGAGUGCGAGCCCAUGCCUGGUGCCAACGGGCUGCCCCUCUCCGAUGCCGAGUACGAGCUGGAGGAGGUGGAGGGGGGCCAGGCCACCACCCACGCAAUGUCCUUCUGCUGAAGAGUGGGAGGACACAGCGGGACUGGGACCAGCUUUCCCCACCACCAGCAUCCAUCUGACUGUGGCACCCAUCCCGUGGUGGGGAGAGGGACAGGAGAGAUGGAGGAGUCCCCACCUCUCUGCCGUCCCGCUGGGAUGUGAAGGCUGGUUUUCUCGGCAGCGCUACUCUGGGGACGUGGCGGCGGUGGCCAUGCUGUGCCCUGGAUGUGUUGCACCCACUGCGCUCAGCACUGGGGCUGGCCAAGGCCAGGGCAUCCCUCGUGGUGUGGAGACAGCUGACUUCUAUGGCAGGGAUAUGCUAGCAAUCCCCAAAAACAUCCCAUCCCUCCCAGCCCAGCGGCAUGAGCCCACGGGUGUCAGGCACCCUGGGCUGUUUAGAGACACCGUGCUGGAUGGGUGCCCAGAGAGGUGCUCACACCUGGGCUGAGACCCACGGGGACAGAGAGGUUUGAACAGCAUGGAGUGAGAAGAAAAAGGUCUGUGGGUGCCUUCUCCCUUGAGAUGUCCCCAGGGCCCUCUGGCACUGAUGUGCCCCUGCUUUCCUUGCACAUCCCUUCAGUAGUGCCAGCCGGUGUCUGGCCGUAUGGUGCCAAUAUGGAUCCUUGAUCCCACCCCAGUCCCCCAGCAAGGGAAGGAACACGGCUGCUCCCUCCAGAGCUGGAGCCUGCAGGGGGGAAAUACAGGACAACGGGAGCCCCAGCCUCCCUGCAGCACUGGGGCACAGCUCCGCACCUUCCCCCUGCCCCACAAAUGUGCCCCGAUCUCCCCACCUCCAAUGUGCUGCUGGUGGGUGCUACCCUCCUCUUCCUCAGCUUGCGUGGAACCCUGCACCCCGGGGAAUGUGGGGAGCCCUCCUCCAUCCCUGCCCUGCAUGGGCUGAGCCUCACUGAGAAUUAAAAAGAGUCGUUGGCCUGA